AACAAUAAUAAUAAUAACAUUAACACCAAUUCAAUAACUAACAACAACUCCAAUAAUAUAAACUAUAACAAUAUAAUGAUAAUUAAUAACCAAAAUAUAAAUUCAAUUCAACACGGCGCCUCAAACAUUAUGAUGAACUCCAAUAAUAAUAUCAACGUUAAUGCCGCUACUAAUAACAAUUCAAAUAUAAACUCUAAUAACUUAUCCAAUAUAGGUGUUACACAUUUCAAAAAUAAUGACAUUAUGAUGAUGGGAAUUCCAGGCAAAAGCACAGAUCUACCGAUGCGUCUUUCAAAGAGUAACGGCUCAUUGUCUUCAAAGUACAAUUCCCAAUCUCACUUGCAAUCCCAAAUCUCCUCUCAAAAUCCAAAUCAAUUACAAUCACAGCAAAUUCAUAGAAGUAGUUAUAGUAUAAAAAAUUCCUAUCCACAUUCUAGGGUUAAAAACUGGGCAUGAUAAUUUGAUAUUAAUAUAAAUGUUAUAGUAUAGUUUAAAGUUAAUUCAAAGUAAAAAAAAUAAAAAAAG